AUGCACCCUACCAAGGGACCUAGCCCUAAUGGCAUGUUUGCUGUAUUUUUCCAGUCAUACUGGCACACUGUGGGAGAUUCCAUUACAGCUGUAGUGUUGGCUUCUCUCAAUAAUGGUUUAAUAGCCUUACUUAGGGAUGCUGGGGCAAAGAGAAAUAUGAUAGGAGUGAGAGUUUGUAAAGGGGCUCCAAUGGUUACACACCUCCCAUUUGCUGAUGAUAGCAUAUUUUUCUGUCGUGCUGAUGUUGAUACAACCAAAUUUAUUCCAGAUUUGUUUGAAAAAUAUGAAAUGGCUUCUGGGCAAAAUGUUAACAAAGGGAAAACAACCAUGCCUGUUUUAGAUGGCAGAAAUGGGAAAAUUGUUGAUGAAGAACAAUCUGUGGACAAUUUAAUUGAUGCUACUACUAAAACAUGGAAUGCACAGUUGGUUAGAGCUCUCUUUAAUCCAAAUACAGCAGUGGAGAUCCUCAGGAUUCGAUUGUUACCAACUCAGGGUUUGGAUAGAUGGAUUUGGUAUAAGGAAGCAAAUGACAUAUUUUCUAUCAAGAGUGCUUAUAAGCAGAUUCAGAAUUCAGUGGCCAAAGGUGAUGGAGAAACAUCUUUGCAAAUGCAAAAUAGAAAUUUUUGGAUGAGGAUAUGGCACAUGCAGGUUCCUAGGAAGAUUAAGAAUUUUGCAUGGCAGGCUUGCAAGGAUAUAUUGCCUAGUCUCACUAAUCUCAGGAGGAAAAAGAUUGUUGUGGAGACUCAAUGUGGUUUCUACCAUGUCUACGAGGAAGAUAUUAGCCAUGCUAUGCUCACUUGUUCUUCUAACUAUAGUUUGUGGCAAAAAUUUCUUCCAAUGUUACAAAAUUUUCAAUCCUCUUUGACUUUUAUUGAUACUAAUCAGUUGCAGAUGGGAAAUAACUUGAUACAACUUGUCCAAGCUACUGAACAUGCUUUAUCAAUUUGCAAAACUUUCAAUGAUGUGCAAACAACAACAACAAAGGAUUUGCUUAAGGUUUCUAAAUGGCAAGCUCCACCAGAUUGGUAUCUCAAAAUAAAUGUAAAUGGUACAAUUUUUGCUGACUUGAGGAAAGCUGGAGUUGGGAUAGUCCUAUGGGAUAUGAGUGGAAGAAUUGUGAUGGCUACAAGCAAGAAUGAAGAGGAAGUGGAUGAGGCAGCCAUUAUUAAAUCCAUUGUUGUAUUGAGAGGACUUCAGCUAUGCCUCCCACUUGGUAUUUCGAAUUUAGUCAUUGAAUUUGAUUGUCUUAAUGUGGUUGAUGAGCUUCAGUCAACAGAAGAGUCAUUUGCAAGUGCUCUG